GUCCGCAGCUGUCAGUGAACGCGUCCGCAAGAAGCAUUGAAGCCUCGCGUCACCACGCACCUUGUUCUCUGCGGUUACAGGAAGUUGAUCUGUGUGUCCAUGAAGAGCCACCAGAGACCAGCGAUUUUAUUUCAGGGACAACUUUCUUUAAAGACAGCGAUCUCUCAGAGACCAGACUCUCCUGAACCUGAACCAGAACCAGAAUCUGAACCAGAAUAUGAACCCAGCUGUGUGUCCUUCCAGUCCAUGUCUAUACCUCUUAUGUUUAAAGAUGGAUUCUCAUGUCCUGAACAGAGGUUCCACCAGAGACCAGAGGCCUCUGAACCAGAAUCUGAUCCUGGACCUGAACCCAGCUGUGUGUCCCUCCAGUCCAUGUCUGUGCCUCUUAUGUUAAAAGAUGGACAUCCCAGUUCUGAACAGAGAUUCGAUGAGGAGAUCCCAGAGGUUCCCAGCGGUCAGUCUGCCCAGCAGCAUCAAACACACCUGGAAUCCAUAUUCACGCUGCUGGAGGAGAAAAUUGUCACUUUUGUGAAGGAAGAGCUGAGCAAGAUGCAGAAGGUUCUGAGCCCGGAUUACCCAGGGUGCUUAGGGAGUCACAGGGAUGAUGAGGUGUCGUCAGGUUGUGAGGAUGAGCAGAGGCGAAGCAGCAGAGAGGCAUUUCUGAAGAUCACACUGCACUUCCUGAGGAGUAUGAAGCAGGUGGAGCUGGCUGAGUGUCUGAAGAACAGAUCUCCUGCUAUGUGCCAGCUUAACCUCAAAUCGAACCUAAAGGAGAAGUUCCAGUGUGUGUUUGAGGGGAUCGCUAAAGCAGGAAACCCAACCUUCCUGAAUCAGAUCUACACAGAGCUCUACAUCACAGAGGGAGGGACCGGAGAGGUCAAUGAUGAACAUGAGGUCAGGCAGAUUGAAACAGCAUCAAAGAAAGUGGUAAAAACUGAAAGAAAAAUCAGAUGUGAAGACAUCUUUAAACCUUCAUUUGAAAGAGAUGAACCCAUCAGAACAGUGAUGACAAAGGGAGUGGCUGGCAUUGGCAAAACAGUCUUAACACAGAAGUUCACUCUGGACUGGGCUGAGGACAAAGCCAACCGGGACAUACAGUUCACAUUUCCAUUCACCUUCAGAGAGCUGAAUCUGCUGAAAGAGAAAAAGUUCAGCUUGGUGGAACUUCUUCAUCACUUUUUCACUGAAACCAAAGAUGCAAGAAUCUGCAGGUUUGAUCAGUUCCAGGUCGUGUUCAUCUUGGACGGUCUGGACGAGUGUCGACUUCCCCUGGACUUCCACAACACUAAGAUCCUGACUGAUGUCACAGAGUCCACCUCAGUGGACGUGCUGCUGACAAACCUCAUCAGGGGGAAACUGCUUCCCUCCGCUCGCCUCUGGAUAACCACACGACCUGCAGCGGCCAAUCAGAUCCCGCCUGAGUGUAUUGACAUGGCAACAGAAGUCAGAGGGUUCACUGACCCACAGAAGGAGGAGUACUUCAGGAAGAAGUUCACAGAUGAGAAGCUAGCAAGCAAAAUCAUCUCCCACAUCAAGACAUCACGAAGCCUCCACAUCAUGUGCCACAUCCCAGUCUUCUGCUGGAUCACUGCUACAGUCCUGGAGGAUGUGUUGAAAACCAGAGAGGGAGGAGAGCUGCCCAAGACCCUGACUGAGAUGUACAUCCACUUCCUGGUGGUUCAGUCCAAACUGAGCAAUGUCAAGUAUCACGGACAAUCUGAGACGGAUCCACACUGGAGUCCAGAGAGCAGGAAGAUGAUUGAGUCUUUGGGAAAACUGGCUUUUGAGCAGCUGCAGGAAGGAAACCUCACCUUCUAUGAAUCAGACCUGACGGAGUGUGGCAUCAAUAUCAGAGAAGCCUCAGUGUACUCGGGAGUGUUCACACAGAUCUUUAAAGAGGAGAGAGGCCUAUACCAGGACAAGAUGUUCUGCUUCGUCCAUCUGAGUGUUCAGGAGUUUCUGGCUGCUCUUCAUGUCCAUCUGACCUUCACCAACUCUGGAGUCAAUCUGCUGUCAGAAGAACAGUCUAAAAGUAGAAAAAUCAAAUGUACACAGACACAUUUCUACCAGAGCGCUGUGGACGAGGCCUUGAAGAGUACAAAUGGACACUUGGACUUGUUCCUCCGCUUCCUCCUGGGUCUUUCACUGCAGACUAAUCAGACACUCCUACGAGGCCUGCUGACACAGACAGGAAGUGGCUCAUGGAGCAAACAGGAAACAGUCCAGAACAUCAAGAAGAAGAUUGAGGAGAACCCCUGUCCAGAAAGUAGCAUCAAUCUGUUCCACUGUCUGAAUGAGUUGAAGGAUCUUUCUCUGGUAGAAGAGAUCCAACAGUAUUUGAGAUCUGGAAGUCUCACUACCGACAAACUGUCUUCUGCUCAAUGGUCAGCUCUGGUCUUCAUCUUACUGUCAUCAGAACACGAUCUGGACGUGUUUGACCUGAAGAAAUACUCUGCUUCAGAGGAGGCUCUUCUCAGGCUGCUGCCAGUGAUCAAAGCUUCCAAGAAAGCUUUGCUGAGUGGCUGUAACCUCUCGGAGAGAAGUUGUGAAGCUCUGUCCUCAGUUCUCACCUCCCAAUCCUCUAGUCUGAGAGAGCUGGACCUGAGUAACAAUAACCUGAAAGAUUCAGGAGUGAAGCUGUUGUCUGCUGGUCUGGAGAGUCCACACUGUACACUGGAGGCUCUCAGGCUGUCAGGCUGUCUGAUCACAGAGGAAGGCUGUGCUUCUUUGGCCUCAGCUCUGAGCUCCAACCCCUCCCACCUGAGAGAGCUGGACCUGAGCUACAAUCAUCCAGGAGACUCUGGAGUGAAGCAGCUGUCUGAAGAACUGAAGGAUCCGCACCAGAGACUGGACACUCUCAAAUUCGACCCCCAUGGAGUUCAGUGGUUGACACCAGGUUUGAGAAAGUAUUUCUGUGAACUCACGCUGGACCCAAACACAGCACACAAGUUCCUCAAACUGUCUGAAAGCAACAAAAAGGUGACUGACCUGAGGAAGGAGCACCCUUAUCCAAAUCACCCAGAGAGAUUUGACUAUUGGCCCCAGGUGCUGUGUGAAAAUGGUCUGACUGGUCGCUGUUACUGGGAGGUGGAGUGGGUUGGAAAGGUGUACAUCGCUGUGAGUUACAGGGGAAUUGGAAGGAAUGGAGACGGCGAUAGCUCCAAGUUUGGAGGGAGUGAUCAGUCCUGGAGUCUGACAUGCACUGAUGGGGGAUAUAAUGCCUGGCACAACAACAGUGGGACACUCAUCCUUCCUCCCUCCCCGUCCUGUGUCUCUAACAGAGUGGCAGUAUACUUGGACUGUCCUGCUGGCAUUCUGUCCUUUUACAGAGUCAUCUCUAACACACUGACCCACCUCUACACCUUCAACACCACAUUCACUGAACCUCUUUACGCUGGGUUUGGAUAUGGGGUGAAGUUAAACUCCUCAGCAUUUCUGUGCCACCCGUAGACGUAGAGCAGUAGCGUAGCCAGGGUCCAUGAAGACAGGCAUUUUGUCCACAUGCAAACAUUUUUUAGAUCACUGAAAACUGACCUUUUGCAAAAAUGCAUGCAGGAUGAAGAUGCUCAGAAAUUCAGUUUUCAAUGUUGACAUGUAGACAGGGAAAACGUUGGACCCAAAAUCAUAUAGCGUUAUAUGUAAAGAUUCUAUCCAUCAUAAAGGUUCACUGCCAUUAGAUCAGAUGUUGCCUUAGAGCAAAUGCCUUCGUCAGCCACAAUUCUGGCCUCCCAUCAGAUUCUCUGGUCAGGAUGCUAUCACUCCCCUAAAAUAGUUGUUUGCUGCUAUAUUAAUGUUUAAAAUCUUGUGUGUGUGUGUAUGUGUGUAUAUAUAUAUGUAUAUAACCUUUUAAGUAUUUUUUUUCAUAUCCUGCAAAAUAAAGA